ACUUAAAGCUUGAUGAUGAAAUCAAUUCAUGGCUUGUAUUUGCUGCACAGAAAGUUGUUGAAGUUAACGCUUUGGCCAAGGCAUUGUCUGGUCAGAAGGAUGAGGCACGAGACUUGCUACCAAAUUGCUUUGGCCAUCAAGGAUGAGGUUGAGGAUCUUGAGAAGGCUGGUAUCAAUGUUAUCCAAAUUGACGAGGUUGCUUUGAGAGAAGGUUUGCCACUCAGGAAGCCUGAGCACGAUAGCUACUUGAAGUGGGCCGUCCACUCCUUCCGUAUCACCAAUGUUGGAGUCCAAAACCCAGAUUUCCCCAUUGCCUAGGAAUUUACACUAAUG